AUGCCUCCCGCGCAGCUUCAUACGGGAGCGCCCCGGGUGGUCGCUCCGGCGCCUGCGGUCCCUCUUCAGUCGCCACCGCCUUCGGAGCUGAUGGACGUCGACCCCUCAGCCGGGCCGCCUUCCCAAGCGGUGGCUGUGCAGCCUGUACUGCAGCCGCUUUCCUUGGGCACCCCCAAGGAGUCUGACACCGCAGCGCCUUGUCCGGCGCCCACUCAGCAGCCGUCGACGCAGCGUCAGGAGACGCUGUCUCUCUUCGUGGGUCCCGACGCCCCGUCGCGUCCAGUACCAGAAGCUGCGCCCGUGGUCACAGGCGAGGUGUCUCAAGCACUAAACUUGACUCCGGAGGUGUCGUCAACAGUGUCGUGCAAUGGUGGCAUGUUGCCACCACUACGACUCGAGCCGGGCUGUGUGGACGCACUGUUCAAUGCACAUAUGUUGCGGCCAGCAGCAGGUGUGGCAUUUGUGUCGGCACCAGUGAAGUUGAGCCGCUGUCGCCUGCUGGUGCCCGGGCCAGAGCCACUGCCACAGUGGCUGGCUGCACCCACAGCACUGCCUGCAUCUGCCUGGCUCUGCUGGCUCGCUGCACUUGUCCUCUCUGCGGCCACUGGUCAGUCUCUCUUACAGUUAGCUUAA